UAUCAUAUCAUUGCUACAUCUCUACUUCUGCGGUCAAGUCUUCACCCAGUGUGCCAUUAGCCACCACAACUUCCAAACUAAAUAAUAAUAUUCAUCAUUCUUCCCAUCAUGGCUGCUCAAACAACUACCUCUAGCAUUGCGAUGGCGCUUGCUGGCAAGACGGCCUCUGUUGAUAUUCCCAAACCUCGUUCUGGCUUCACCUCUGGUGGCCGCGAUUCCUCUCGCUCGGGACAUCCUACCAUGUUACCGACUCCCCCCAACUCCAUCUCUCCGAAUCUUGCCCCCCAGGCCUUCAAGGGCCAGGAUGUGAGACAGCCCGCAUCUCCUCCUUUUGCCACAUCACACGUUGAUUCCGAUAUUGAUUUGGGCGACGCCGAUGCAACCAGCCAGAAUCAGCAUCAUUCGGACGCUCGUGAUCUUGAAAGCGCCGGGGCAAUAACCCCUGGCAUGCUCGCCAAGUAUCACCUACCGGAGAUCUUGCUGCAGCACGGUCCCCUUGCUAUUCGCCAUGUCAUGGGCUACCUAACCACUUCUGUGCCGGGAUUCUCCCGAAUCCCCCCUGCUAAAGCCCGACGACUGGUCGUUGCGGCCUUGGAGGGUAGAGGCAAUGAUGAGAGGAAUGGUGGCCCUGCAAAUGACGUUAUCUUCGAGAAAGUUGGAUGGGGUCGUUGGGACGCACAACGUCGUGGCGAACCCUCGCGGGAUGUGCAGCAGCAGAACUUGUCGCCACCAUCCAGCUUCUCGAAUUCGUUCUCCCAACGAGGCAUACAGAUUCCUGCGAAGAGAGGCAGUCUGCAGCCAUAUGGAUCCAGUUUAACGGGCGACUCGGCUGUCUUCUCCUUUACAGAGAUGGAUUAUGGUGGGCCUAUCUCGGAGCAUGAAGCGGAUAAGAUGUCUCUCGAUGGGAACGAGCAUGAAUACUGUUCAUCUUCUGAGGCCCCGGAAGAUGAGGUCCAGGAUGAGGAUUGGGGUGAAGAGGAUGUCACCGACGAAGAGGAUUGGGCACAAAUAGGCGCUGCAGCGCUUCGUGCGCGGUCUUUGAACGGCGGAGGUGGUUUCGUCAACGGACACCAUUCGUCGCCUCAACUGCGAGGUGGUGGGCCUGCAGCAUCCUCGUUAGCGAAAUCUGCGCCGCGCAAGCCCCCUAUUCAGCAGCUUGGUUUCUCCCUCCCAGAAGGCAUGGUAGGGGAUACCCAAGAGCGCGCCGCAGUGGAGGCUCUUCUGCGUCUUGGUUCUAUGUAAUGUGAAUGGACGGGCGUUUUGGAAGGACCGGUCAGAUUAUGGCCCAUUGCGUUCAUACUUCAGAGCUCCGUGGCUGGUCCAUGACUCCAGCAUAUUUUUUUA